ACGGCCCUCCUCCCUCUAAAAACCCUAACUCCCUUUCUUCUUUAUUCCAUUUCUUCCUCUAUUCCCAAAAACUUAGACAGAAGGCGCCGAAAUGGGUCGUGUGAUCAGAGCACAACGUAAGGGAGCAGGCUCCGUCUUCAAAUCUCACACUCAUCACCGCAAGGGACCUGCAAGGUUCCGUUCACUUGAUUUCGGUGAACGUAAUGGUUAUCUCAAAGGUGUUGUUACAGAAAUUAUUCAUGAUCCAGGUAGGGGUGCACCAUUGGCAAGGAUGACAUUCCGUCAUCCUUUCCGUUACAAGCAUCAGAAGGAGUUGUUCGUUGCUGCAGAAGGGAUGUAUACUGGUCAGUUUAUUUACUGUGGGAAAAAAGCUAAUCUAAUGGUUGGUAAUGUGCUUGCACUCAGAUCUAUCCCUGAAGGAGCUGUUGUUUGUAAUGUUGAGCAUAAAGUUGGUGACCGUGGUGUUUUUGCUAGAUGCUCUGGUGAUUAUGCUAUUGUUAUCAGUCAUAACCCUGAUAACGGAACAACUAGGAUUAAGCUUCCAUCUGGAUCCAAGAAGAUUGUGCCUAGUGGAUGUCGAGCCAUGAUUGGUCAGGUUGCUGGUGGAGGAAGAACUGAGAAACCAAUGCUUAAAGCUGGUAAUGCAUACCACAAAUACCGUGUUAAGAGGAACUGCUGGCCUAAGGUUCGUGGUGUUGCUAUGAAUCCUGUGGAGCAUCCUCAUGGUGGUGGUAACCAUCAACAUAUUGGUCAUGCAAGUACUGUGCGUCGUGAUGCACCACCUGGGCAAAAGGUUGGUCUUAUUGCAGCAAGGAGGACUGGUCGUCUUCGUGGGCAAGCUGCUGCUACAGCUGCCAAAGCUGACAAGGCCUAAGAUAUUAGUUUUGUGUUACUGUUUUCCUUGUUGUUUUUGGAUUUUGAGUAUUCAGCUACUGUCAUCUUUAUACUAAGUUAAGUUUUGUUGGGAUAUUAUUUUAGAAGUUUUGUUAAGGACCCUUGCUUACACAACUUUGCCAUUUAUAAAUGUGUUUAGCUUGGCUCAUUCUGUUUUC